UGUGGCGCGGAGCCGCCGCUGCCGCCGGCCCGGCCAUGGCGGAGCUCCGCGGCGCUCCGGCGGGCUUCGGCCGCCCCGCGCCGCUGCCGCAGACGGGCUGGGAGCGGGUCAGCGAGCUCUGGCGGCUCGACGAGCAGCAGCAGUUCCCGGAGGAGACGAUGAACAUCGCCAAGUCGGCCUUCACGGCGGGCGUGGUGGGCUGGCUCUACGGGGGGCUGCCCGCCUUCGUCAGCGCCCGCAAGGCCUUCAUCGAGAGCAGCCACGGCGAGAUGUUCCAGAACCGCGCCGAUGCCGUGCAAUCUGCGCACCGCGCUGGUCUCCGGAGUUUCAUCCGCUACGGCUGGCGCUGGAGCUGGAGGGUGGCGGCUUUCGCCACGAUAUUCAACGUGGUGAGCACGGGCCUGUCUGCGUACCGCGAUAAAACCUCCAUCAGUAAUUUUGCUGCAGCAGGAGCCUUCACAGGAGCCCUGUUCAGAAUGCACUUGGGCCUGCAGGGCCUGGCGGGCGGCGUCGUGUUUGGAACAGCGUUUGGGGUUCCUGCAGGAGGCCUCCUGAUGGCAAUGUAUGGCUUGGCUGGUGAGACCUUGCAGGAGAAGAGGAGUCGUGAGCGCAGGGAGCUCUACGAACAGAAGCUGGCAGAGUGGCAAUCCAGGCUCAGUAUGAUUGAAAUCUCAGGCCAAACAGAAGGCAAUGCUCAGGGAAGACCAGAGCUGGAGAGAGCAAGAGAAUUGAAGAGCUACUGAGUCUUCCCCAGAUCUCUGUUGUAAGAAGCUACAUAGCAUUUUGAUCCUGCUUGAUCCUUCAGUCAAGGGAUCAUGGAAGUUGUCUGUGAAUGCAGUUGUAUCCUGUGAAAAAGUGUUUUGCUGAAAACAUUGUUCAGGGAUGGAUAUCACUGCACAAAGAGGUUGGAAGAGCCAAACGUGUUCCACCUGAGAAGUGGAAGUACAGACUUUACAGACCAGGAAGUGUCAUCUAGCUUUGGGAGGAAGUGAGGGUUCCAGAGCCUCAUCUAGAACCCAUUUCUCUGCUGAAAAUGUCCAAACCACUAGUGGUGUAGAAAUACUCAAGGUAAAGGGGCCUAUGAAUGAUUUGUGUGCUAAAGGUGCCCUGAAUCCAAAAGUUAAUUAUGCCCUGGUGAAAGCUGCUCUUCAGACAGUGCCUGAACAACUUGCUGAUGGUGGUUUCUUACUUGGUUCCUACUGUACUUGGGGUAUUUUGCAGCCAGUGUGGAAGAAGGGUGGAGGAGCUGGGAAUUACAUGGAAAUACCCUGAAAAAGGCAUGUUUUGGGUUCCUCAAUAAAAGCCAGAGGGUGCCACAGAAAACAUGACUUAUUUCUGGUGGUGACACUGGAAGGCUUGGCACUGUGGACAGUUUUAACAACAAGAAGGCCUCUAAUUUCAUUUGCAAUUUGGAAAUCAGGGGUUAAUUUUUGGGGUAAUGUAGUUCAAGACACUUAAUAAAGCCAUUGAGCAGUG